AUGUUAUCCUGCUUUGUCUGGCUCGCCCUCCCCGACUUGGCUAACGCCUUUGUGACCCCAGGAAAGUUGCGCCUCAAUGGGAGCCUGGAGAAGACUUUUGCAGUCCCAAACGUGUCGGGUUUCUUUUCCUGGGACAAUGACAGCCUGGCCGACUGGCAGAGCUUUGUGGGCAGGAGCCGCUACGGAGCGGAGUCGCAGAGCCCCACGGUGAAAGCCCUGCUCAUCGCGGCGUACUCCUUCAUCAUCGUCUUCGCCCUCUUCGGCAAUGUCCUGGUGUGUCACGUUGUCAUCAAGACGAAGCGCGUGCACUCCGCCACCAGCCUGUUCAUUGUGAACCUGGCCGUCGCCGAUAUCAUGAUCACGCUGCUCAACACGCCUUUCACGCUGGCUCGUUUUGUGAACAGUACCUGGAUCUUUGGGAAGGGGAUGUGCCAUGUCAGUAGGUUUGCACAGUACUGCUCCCUCCACGUCUCUGCCUUGACCCUUACAGCCAUUGCUGUGGACAGGCACCAGGUUAUAAUGCACCCCCUGAAACCUCGCAUAUCUACUGGAAAAGGUGUUAUGUACAUCUGUGUAAUCUGGAUCAUGGCAACUUGUUUUUCCCUACCACAUGCUAUCUACCAGAAGCUCUUUACCUUUGAAUACAGUGAGGAUGUUACCCGGUGCCUGUGUCUGCCAGAUUUCCCUGAGCCCGCUGACCUCUUUUGGAAGUACCUUGAUUUAACAACCUUCAUUUUGCUCUAUGUCCUGCCCCUUCUGAUCAUCUCCGCUGCCUACGUGACAGUGGCAAAGAAGCUCUGGCUGCGCAACGUCAUCGGGGACGUCACCGUGGAGCAGUACUUCGUCCUUCGCAAGAAGAACAAGAAGACCAUCAAGAUGCUGAUGCUCGUUGUCGUCCUCUUCGCAGUCUGCUGGUUCCCCUUGAAUUGCUACGUCGUCCUCCUCUCCAGCCAGACCAUCCACACCAACAACGCCCUGUACUUCGCCUUCCACUGGUUUGCAAUGAGCAGCACCUGCUACAACCCCUUCAUCUACUGCUGGCUCAAUGACAGCUUCCGAUCGGAGCUAAAGGCUUUGCUCAGCAUGUGCAGAAAACCCCCCAGGCCCACGGAGCAGAAGCUUCCCUCCACAGUACCAUCCUACCGACUGGCUUGGUCAGAAAACGGCAACUUCAAGAGGCUGCGGGCCUCCCAUGUCCUUCCACCAUCCUCCACCAUCCAGUCAGGAAAGACAGACAUCUCUGCAGUUGAGCCAAUAGUAGCUGUGAGCUGA